AUGUCGGCUACGGCCACGACUUCAACGUUCACCACCACACUUGUUGGAUCGCCUCCUGCCAUGACCAGCGUUGCUACCCGGAUCUCUGAGAAACAGUGUCCGACCUGCGGAGGGGAUGGCUCCGAACACUCCGCCGAGGAGGCCCAGCGCCGAAUCCAGGAGUUGGAGGGGCAGGUACGAGAUUUGAUGGAGCAUGCUUCCAUCACUGUCGGUCAACUCGCAGAAUACGAAGAACAAGUAACCCGACUGCGCUCUUGCGCAAACCAAGCAGUCACCGACACGCCGCGCUCGAGUUCCGAAACCCAAGCCCAACAAGGCCGCCUCGCGACCCUAACCUCCCUCCUCCCCUCCUACCGCCGCCCCAGCAACAACUCCAGCAACACCCCAGCCCCCACCACACCCACCGCGGCAGUCUGCCCUCCUCCGUACACCGUGCAACAAUCCCCCGCCAGCAGCGAAAGCACCUCCGAGCUCCAGGACGCGCUCACCCGCGAACAGAGCCUGCGCAAGGCCGCCGAGUCGCAACUGUCGCAGGCGAGCACUGAACUCGAGGAGUUGACCGUGCAGCUGUUCAGCCAGGCGAAUGAGAUGGUUGCGCAGGAACGCAAGGCGCGCGUGAGGCUGGAAGAGCGCGUAGCUGUGCUGGAGCGCCGUGAUGUGGAGAAGAGGUCUCGUCUGGAGAGGCUAGAGAAGGCCAUGGCGAGGGUUGAGAGGUUGCGCGCUUUGGUGAAUCCAUGA